UCCCCUCUCCUCUGAGCUGAUCCCAAUGCAGAGUUACAGACUGGCCGGGAACUAGGGGAGCUGCUCGCACUCUAUUACUCGUCUGACUCUGCGCCAGCAUUCAGCUCUCUGCUUGGGUCGGGGACCCCGCAGCCCAAACCUCGCUGCCCAUAGACCUGCUCAGGAAGGGGGUAACAACCAUGUCCAAGCUGUCGGUCAGCGACCACCUGGAGGGGAUCCUCUCCGACUUUGAGGCCCUGAAAAGGUCCUUUGAUAUAGAGGAUGUAGAUGACACUCCUGUUUUCUCACCAACAUCUCCCCUCACCUCACCCUUCAGUCCCAGCCAAGCUGGCAUUAUACGGACAAGCAAUGGGGACAAUAGAAUAUCUUCUGGUCGGCAACAACCUGUCUACCAGUCACGUAUCAGCAUCAGUUCCAGUCCUGCCCAAAGUCCAGUUCUCAAGACCCGAAUUACUAGUAGCUUGUCCUUUAACCAUGGAACCAUGCAGAUGGCCAGAAGCAAUGGAAGCACAGGGCAAAGCCUUAACAGAGUUUCUUCCUUCCAAACGCGACUCAACCCAAGUGGGUUUUCUUCCUCUGGUCAUGGCAGUGACAGCGAGAGCCUCCACAGCUCCACUUCCAGCUUGGAGUGCCCACCUGCUACAAAACCUUUUCAUCAGCUGCGUACACAGACCGCACUUGAUCAGCAUGACUCUGUGAUGACCGUCAACAAUACUUUGAGCCCAGUACUAAAAAAGUUCUCUUCCCAUGGCAGCGUUUUUCAUUCAGAAGUUGAAAGACCUGGGGUUCGACUGGUACCUGUGACAACCAACAACCACAGCUCUCUCCCUUCUCUGGACCUUCAUAUUGCUGAGGACAAUGUCCCAGAUCUGGUGCCAUCUCCAGAUGCAGGAUAUCCACCCUCAGAGGGAUGGAGCUCUCCUACCCCAGAUUACAAGAGGCCACUCUCAAGAGGAACCAAACCAAUCAGUAGGGAGCCAUCAUUUUCCUCUUCUUCAUCCUCUUCCUCACCACCUACUGAUGCUCCAAUCAACUGCAGUUUGAGAUAUUCACCAUCACCAUCUCCGGUCUUUGGUCCAUUGCAACCAGCCACUCUUCAGAAAGUUCCAGGUAGCCUUCAAGGUUCAAUAGUCAAGCCUUCUAAUGGAUCUGCUCCUGAACAGGUAACAAGACCAUUACCAAGGACACAACUAAGAGUCAAUCUACAUGGUAAUUCAGGCCAAGUUCCACAAGGAACAAAGGAGAAAACAGAAGCAAUUUCCAAGGGUCACUCCCAAAUGCCGUCUUUUGGAAGACCUCCGGCUGAGAGAAUAACGCCAACUUCUCAGAGAUCACAGUUCGCUGGCUCUCGGUUUUCUUCACAGUCACUCCCCCGAGAAACAGAUCUGAGCCAACCUGGGAAAAAAACAGAGGUAUCAUCUGAUAGACUCAGAUCCAUGAUGCAGAGAGCCCACUCUUUUGGUAAUUCAGAUAGAGUCCCGCUUCAGAAUUCAAAUGUCCAGACCAACACAGCUAAUGAAAAGUCGUUGCUUUGCAUAGCAGAUUGUGAACCCAAUGUCAAGGAUGCUGCUUCACAUGGAAAGAAGUCUUUCCCUACAAGGCUACCAGGGUACGGGCCUUCAGCAUCUAUCUCCUGCCAGCAGGAAGUCGUACAAACCCAGAGAGUCAUAGAAGAAUCUAGAAAUGGAGUGUCUCCUCAUAACUACUUUUUACAGAAUGAGCCUCAAAGUGAUGUAUCAGUGGAGAGUCAUAGGGAAGAAUCUGUUGAGGAGACUCCUGUCUCCAGAUUUGCUGAAGAGUCUGGUCAAGCAAAGCUGCAGAUCUCAGAUUCCAGAGUAGAUGGCUCCGAUCUCAGGCCCAGGGAAGCCUUCAGCCUCGGCAGAAUGGAGGAGCAGAACCUUGCCCGGCCCAAACUGGAGGUGGCAGAGCCCGACAUCAGCCAGGAACCCAUCGGAUAUGUGGGCAUUGACUCCGUGUUGGACCAGAUGAGACGCAAGGCCAUGAAAAAUGGCUUUGAAUUCAACAUUAUGGUGGUGGGACAGAGCGGUUUGGGGAAAUCCACCCUAGUGAACACACUUUUCAAGUCCAAAGUGAUUCGGAAAUCUCCCGACGCCGCCAUACCCAAAACGGUGGAACUGAACGCAGUCAGCCAAGUGGUCGAGGAGAGGGGCAUGGAGAUGAGACUCACUGUUAUCGACACACCGGGAUUCGGAGACCAGAUCAACAAUCAGAACUGCUGGGACCCCAUCAUUAAGUACAUACACGAACAGUACGAGAAAUACCUGAGGGAGGAGAUUCUCAUCAAUCGCAAGCGUCGCAUCCCUGACUCUCGGAUUCACAGCUGUAUCUACUUCAUCCCCCCCACGGGUCACUGGCUGAGACCUUUGGACUUGGAGUUUAUGAAGCGGUUGGGCCGGAUUGUGAACGUGGUGCCGGUGAUCGCUAAAGCUGAUACUCUCACCUUGGAAGAGAGGGAGGAAUUCAAACAGAGGAUACGGAAGGACCUACAGACUCACGGUAUCAGCGUGUACCCACAGCCAGAACUGGAUGAAGACUCGGCGGAGGCGUUAAUGAAUGACAAAAUACGGGAGAAGAUUCCAUUCGCUGUGGUGGGAACAGAUGAGGAGCAUCAGGUAAACGGCAGAAAAGUCUUCGGCCGAAAGACCAAGUGGGGAAUCAUAGAAGUUGAGAACACAGCGCAUUGUGAAUUUGCCAACCUUCGGGAUCUGCUCAUCCGAUCCAACCUGCAGGACCUUAAAGACAUAACCCACAACAUCCACUAUGAAACCUACAGGGUCAGCAGGCUGAACGAGAAAUUCCAGCCAUCGCAGACAAAAGAGCUGGGGGUUUUGUGAGCUCUCUCCCAGGAUCUUGACACCAACAAUGUGCCUCCAGAAUGAAUUAUUAUAGUCCAGCCAAUAUGAAACCAGCUGAGCACCUGGCCUCUCCUACAGGGAAAUCAAUCCUUUUCCACUUUAUCAAGAAACAGACUUGAUCCCAGUCCAUCGCAUUGGUCAGAGCAUUUACUGAAUGCAGCCUGUCUGUCCAUGGGCAAAGAAACCUGGUGCACAUCUAUCUCAAAGGGAAACACAUUCUACUGCCUAUUCAUGCCAGAGGUCCUGAUAGAUAAAUCUACUUCCUAUCUACAUCUACGUGCAAACAAAUCUAUCUCACACAGAAAAUCCAUUGUGCAUCUAUCUCAGAUGGCCAGGCAUAUCAAUCUACCCACCCAUCUGUCCUACAUUUAAACAACUCUACUGCCAAUGUGACCUCCACAUUAUGACAUUUAUUGCCUAUCUAGCCUACAUAGAACAAAAUCUAUUGCCCAUCCUGUGCACAAACAUGUAUAUCUAUUCCACUGCCUAACUGUUUUUCAGACCAACAGACAUACUGCCUAAUUGUUCUACAGAAAAACUGAUCUACUGCCUUUCUAUCUCAAGGGCAAAGUCUAUCAAACUUAUAGACUUCAGGUUCAGCGUGAAGGUCAGAUUUGGGGAGAAAGACUAUUGUUUUUCCUAGAUGCACUUGAAAGCCCAGCUUGAAGGCUCUCUCUCACCAAGAUACAUCUAAAAGGCUAUCUUAAAAGCUAAUUAGGGUAAGAUUUGAGGCAUCUGAAAGCCCAGCUUGAAGGCCAAUUUAGGAGCUAAUUUGGGGAGAGUGUCUAUUCGAUCUCUCUCUCCUAGAUACAUGCAAAAGGCUAGCUUAAAAGCUAGUUAGGAUAAGAUUUGAGCCCAGCUUGAAGUCAAAUUAAGGUGAGAUUUGAGGAGAAUACUUAUUUUUUUUCUCUCCCCUAGAUACAUGUAAAAGGCUGUCUUAAAAGCUAGUCGGGGUAAGAUUUGAGUCCAGCUUGAAGGCCCAAUUAAGUUGAGCUUUGUGGAGAAUGCCUAUUCUCUCUCUCCCCUAAAUACAUGUAAAAGACUAACGUAACAGCUAGUAAGAGUAAGAUUUGAGCCCAGCUUGAAGGCCAAUUAAGGUGACAUCUGUGGAUAAUGCUUAUUCUAUCUCCUAGAUACAUCUGAAAGUCUAGCUCUAAGGACAAUUACGGUGAGAUUUAGGGGCAAAACCUAUUUUUGUCCUAGAUACCCAUGAAAGCCCAGCUUGAAGGCCACUUAGUGUAAGAUUUGGGGAGAAUGUCUGUUUGCUCUCCUAGAUACCCCUGAAAGCCAAGCUUGAAGGCUAGUUAGGGUGAGAUUUUGAGCGAAUACCUAUAUCUCCUAGAUACCAAUCAGAACCCAGCUAAAGGCCAAUUAAGGUGAUAUUUUGGAAGAAUGUCUAUUUGUUCUCCUAAAAACCAUUGAAAGCACAACUGGAAGGCGAGAUUAGCGGUUGAAUGUCUAUUUACUAUCCAAGAUACCCCUGAAAGUUAAGCUUGAUGGUCAAUUAUGUGAGACUUGGGGUGAAUUUGCUGUCCCAGAUAUUCUUGGAGCUUCUUCUAUGGCUGGAUGACUGGUACACCGAUGUUUUUCUGUAUAUGUCACCUAUUCUUGAGCUAAGGGGGUCCAUAAAUAAAGAUUGUUCUUCCAAGUGAGGCUUGAACCGAACUGUUUGACUACAACUCUCCAGAUUUUUUUUCCUAUCAAAUCCCCCUGUUUCCUUCACCAGCCAAAUUCACACACUAUGGGGCAGUAUUGUUCAUCCAAUUUAGGGUAAAUCCUGAUUACAUCAAUAUCCCUGUUGGCCUACAGCACUGCAGAAUAUUGUACAGGUACUAGUUUUUUAAAUGGAAUUUGUAUUUUUUAUCAACAAUUAAUGCCCGUGACUAAGCAGCGGCCUAUGACCAGCAGGCAAGCCAGAUUUGGUUCUGGAACCCCCCAGCGGGAUGAUAGAAAGACGGAGACUGACGGUUUAUUGGAUGGAAUGAGAGACUAAUAGGAAGAAGAAGAGGAAGAUGUUUAUAUAUAAUAUUAUGUCACAGAUAUGUGUACCAAUGUAUUUACAGAAUAAUGCACGCUCUCACCUGCGUUUCCUAUCUAUACUCUAUCGGGUCCAUGUUUUAUCAAAGUUUUUGUUUUUGUAUAACUUUGGUGUUUCAGCGUCUGGAAUCCUCCAUAAAUAAACGCCUUUCAGACCUGA